CGUUGGCUCAUAUCGGGAGUAGAACGCACAGUAGUUGGAGACUUUCACUUUCCUAUAAGAACUGCCGCGAAUACAACCUCGUUUCGAUUUCCCAGCCCACUGAUCGACUUCAAAACCCAGCGAAGAGACUCUUGGUAGACGGCAUGCAGCCAGAAUGGACAGGCUCAGGGCCGCCUAACGAGAGCCUCCUUUACCAAUCCCUGAAGCCCUAUCUGGACACCCCGACCAGAAAACAGCCAAUCAUCGGCCUCGACAGUGUCACAGAAUGCGUGAAGGUGGGAUCAUGUAGUCAGGAGGCCCUCUACCUGUGCGAGGUGUGCCAGAGUCGCAUGAAAAGGUCAGACGUCCGGAACCACAUCAUGGGGUCCCUCCACAGAUACCGCUACAUUAAUGCCCGGCACCCUGACCUGGCGGUGGGGUGGGGCCAGACGGUGGACGUCUCAAAGCUGGCCUGGCCCUUGAUGGAGAUGGCCAGCGUGCUGGAGAAGAGGGAUGGACCGGGCAUCGUGAAGGUGCUGCAGUUGGAUGCCUUUACUUUCAAGGAGAUGGGACAGAAAAGUGCGGCAAGUGCGGUAUCUCAGAUGGCUGCAAUGAGAUGUGAACGGAUGGAGGGAAGGUCUCCUCACCCAUCGGAGCUCACACAGACCCAUGUCGAUAACUGCGAGGUCCAACCGCGGAGAGUCCAGUCGUCCCCGAAGAAGUGCCCGGUCAAGUCCCGGAACGCAGUAGUUCAGCACCCCAAGUCCAGCGUGCCAUUACAGACGAACAACGCUACGUCCGACGCGGACACCACUAUGAAGCCGCCUCUUGCUAAGUCAGCCGAGCCUUUUGUCCAAUUGGAGAGCAGGGGCCACAUUCUGGACGGUCACACGGUUAUCGGUCUGGACUGUGUGGUGGAGUGUCGGAGGAAGGACAACGGCAGCCCGUCCUGCUUCUUGUGUCAAUGCUGCCGCGUCAAGUCCGACCCAGACGACUUCAUUGCUCACCUGACUAGUCCCUCGCAUAUCUCCAACUACCUGAUGGAGGUUUACCCUGAAUGUGUGGAGGCCAUGAUGGGAGGCCUGAAUGGUGAGAAGGAGCUCCUGCAGUCAGUGGCCCUGAGGGUGGAAAAUAUAGAAGGGAGAGGAGAAUACAAGGUUUUGGAGUGGCCAACACAUCUGUGUGAUCAACUGAGUGAUAAGACCUACCACUGGUGCAUACAAAUGUUCUCUGACAGCGAGCAGUCGACUAGCGCUGCCCGGCAGAAGAAUACCAUUAGCCUAAAAGGUUUAGACGCUUUCCACCAACUGACGACCUGGAAGGACGCCACCGAGGCCGGGUCCGAGCGGGCAGCCAAGAAGCGGAGGACCAGGAAGGAAACCGAUCCCGUUUUCAAGGUAAGCAUGCCGAUGUCUGAAGGUGCGUUCGUUUUGGAGAGGGCGUCUUUCAGCCUGCCCAACUCGGCCGCUGUCAGCACGACGUCCAGGCCACAGUCCAGUCCACCAUCCAGCACCACCACCGGGAACCCGGGCCCCGGAGCCCCUGGCCCGGGAGCCCCUGGCACGGGAGCCACUGGCACGGAAGCCCCUGGCAUCGUACUCAAACGUGGACUUUAGCCCGCUGACUGUUACGUUGUUCGAGACGCCACACUUGCCGCUCACAGACUCACCGCCGCGCCAGAUUGAAGUCCGAUGCACAGACGUGGAGGAGACCAUCCCAGUCGUCAUCGGACGCCGAGCGCAGACGGAGUUUGUCCCAGGUUGGGCCCUCCCGACACAGGGGGCAGACCUGAAACGUACCAACCAAGUACCUCACAAGGCUGCUUUUACCCUCAGCCUUACCCUCAGGAGAACCUGCAGUUCAUCGCUGAUGCACAGACAUGUGUGAUCCAACACGACCCCCCACAGGCUUCUGGCGCUGGGCCCCCUGCAGACGGCAUUAGCCACCCUGUCUCCAGCCUUACGGGGGCUGGUGUUGUGACCCAAAGGUCUCUGUCCUCCUGCACGCUCCCCGUAUUUCAUGACUACCAACGAGAAACGAGCCAUGUCGACCCAAAGCCUACCAUCGCUUUUUACUACUGCACCCCUGGAGGCCAGCGGCGGUCCUAGUUAGGAUUUAUUUUUAGUUUUUUUUCAGGUUCAGGAAAUAUACUUUGGCUAAGGACAAUGGGAUAUUGGCUGUAACGAUUCACAAUGCAAAGUAGAAGGGAUUGUCAUCACGUGUCCCUGUUCAAAAACUUCAGUUUUUUUAUUUCUUCAAAGAAACAAAGGGCGUAAACACGAGGGUUUGUGAUACCAAAUAUAUUGUUGAAAUAAGUACAAUUUUUGUUACUAGAUCUCCAUUCAUUUUUCUUUUAUAUUCAAUGAUAAUCUUUUGAAGACUCAAAUGAAAAAAAUAAUCACUUUACCACUGUAUAAGCUGUUAAUGUUACUUUUUGACAAGUUUAUGCAUGUGAAAAACAUUUUCAUUUAAUUUUUAUAAAUGAUUGAUAUCCUGUUAAUUUUUACCCAAAUGUUGAUCCAAA